GUUCAAAUUUUAGUGAGUCAUUAGUGCGCAACACUAACUGCUUUGAUCGGCGGAUCAAAACAUUCUUAGAAGUAGAAAUGCUCUGAAUGAAUGCUUUAUACAGGGGUGUCUGGCAUGGUCCGAAAAGUAUUUGUGAAAUAAAAUGAUCAAAGAAAACGGCUCAAGGAUAAUUUUCAUUAGUCGGAAUCGUAAUUAGAAACGUAGAGCGAUACGACCUGGGGAGAAAAUGAAGCUGGCAUGCAGUUCCGCUUAUGACUCCGCCGCUUAUAAUCUAAUGAAAACUUGAUAUAUUGUGGGAGUCGCAAGCAAGGGUUUCUAGAGCUUUAUUAUUAGUUGGAUCCUCUGAUUCUGCUUUCAACUCCGACAGUCAAUUAAUUGGAUCAUAAGCGACAGAGUCGUAAGUGAGAUCGGAAUGAGAUGGAAACGUUCUGACGACUCUUUCGACUCUCGACUACGAGUAGUCCCUCUUUCGCUUUGUCCGUCGUUGCGUGACGCGAAAGAAAACCGCGAGAGAAAAAUGGCCGCGAGAAAUCCUGGAGGCGAGACGCGCGUCUCACCUCCAGGAGCUCGCGCGGCCGCGCGGCCAUGCUUUUCUCGCGGUUUUCUUUCGCGUCACGCACGACUCAACUUAUGACUCCUAUUUUCUGUUUUGACUUCGAUUUUUCUUUGGAGACUCACCGACUCCGACUGCGACUCCGUCGCUAAAAGGCUUUGGUUAGAUCCGUGAUGUCCGACAACAAUCACGCAGAAGGAUACCAGCGAACUUCAGGUCUUAUAAGACAUGUCGGUAAAGGACUGAUACAGAAUUACAUGAGGUCUUGUUCUGGAGACGCCAUCUUAGAUUUGGGUUGCGGUACUGGCGAGCUGUCGGCACAUCUUGCAGAACUUGUAGGACAACAAGGCAAAGUCGUAGCCGUUGAUCCUGACAUCGGCCGAGUUCAUGUGGCUCAGGAGACUCACAAGGGAGUCAAAAACCUUACGUUUCACGAAGGAAGCGCUGCUUACUUCCCCGGAAUGAGUUCGGAGACUUACGACAUCGUCUUUAGCAAUACUGUGCUUCACUGGGUUCCGGACAAAAGAGAGGCAUUCGAGAACAUGUUUAGAAGCCUCAGACCGGGCGGGAAGAUUGUUCUGAGUUAUCUCGAUCACUUACCUCCGAUGCAUGAGCACGUUUAUCACGAACUUAACCCAGAAAAUCUGGACAGGAUACUAAACACGUAUCAGUUAAAAACAAGGUCAGACAUUGAAAAGAUGUGCAUAGCCGCUGGAUUCGACAUUGUACAGAGUUAUGACGAGAGUCUUGCUGAUCGUUAGUACGAGAGCGGUGAGAAUCUGUGCUCACAUUUCUGGGCAACUACACACGGCAUUUUUGACCCAAAGCUCGUGACGGAAGAUAGAUUAGUGCGCUUUUGCGCGCGCUAUUCAAGUGCAGACUCGCCUGUUAAGCCGUUCAAGGU